AUGGCGAAUCAGAAGCAGCGUAGCUCUCUCUAUUCAGCUGGUCACAGCGAUGGUAAAGGCACUUUGCACAGCACUGCUGCCACCGGUACGAACACAAGCAAUCGCCAAGGUACUAUUCGACGGCCUUCAGCCAUCGUGAUUGGUAGCGGGUUCUCCGGCCUGGCAGCAGCUCACGCGCUGCAUCACGCAUCGUUUGAGGUGGUGGUGCUAGAGGCAAGGAAUCGCAUCGGAGGUCGCGCUUUCACAGACUACUCUUUUGGCUUUCCGCUUGAUCUAGGUGCUGCCUGGCUGCACGGUGUUUCUGAGACUAAUCCGCUGGCUCGGCUGAUCGCGGACCUCCAGCUUCCGCUUUACCGAACCAGUGGAGACGACUCGGUUCUCUAUGAUCACGACCUUGAGAGCUAUGCGCUGUACGAUGAGGAUGGGGUGAAGAUUCCCCAGGACGUGGUGGAACGCGUAGAGAGGGUGUUCGAAGAGAUGCUGGAAGAGACUCGCCAAAUUUGCAAGAACACGAGCGAGGACAUGAACAUGGAGCAUGCCUUGGCUCUGGUGGAGCAGCGCAGGCCGGACCUGACACUACAGGGUGUGGAGCGGCAGGUGCUGCAGUGGUACCUGUGCCGCAUGGAGGGGUGGUUCGCUACAGACUUGAAGAAUCUCUCUGCCAAAUGCUGGGAGGAGGAGGAUCUAGUGGAGGGGGGUCACGGCCUCAUGGUUAACGGCUACCUGCCUGUGCUGGACGCCCUAGCUGCUGGGCUGGACAUUCGUUUUAAUCACAGAGUGGUCAACAUUGACUGGUCCUCGUCACAGGAUCUGGAUAGAUCAGUAUCCGGAGGGAUAGGAACAGCAGGGGAGGUGCUGGCUAUGAGGGUAGAGGCAACAGGCGUAGGUGCAGCAGUGCAGGCAGGGCAGCAGCAGGGCAGCCAUCAGUGUAACAGACUCACCGAGCAGGGUUCCGCUAACCACCGCAUACCAUGUGCUAGUCUCAGGUGCACUGGGUGUAGAGAGUGCGUUUUCGGCAGUAGUAACAGUAUGCACGACACCAGAAGCGGAAUUAGCAGCACACGUAACCCUGUAAGUCCUGCUGCUGCGGAUGCACGCUGCUCGCCUAGCUGUCACAUGUCCCAGAAUCCCGGUUCUUGCACUAGUGAAGCUGUAGCUGACGUCAGUAUGCCGUGUAGACCCGGUGUCCACGUCACCACGGCUGACGGCACCAUCUUCUCCGCUGACGUGGCGGUUGUCACCCUGCCAGCUGGCGUUCUGCGGCUGUCUGUGGGCCACGUAGGCAGCUCAAAUCAGGAGAUUCCCUUAGCUGAGUCAGCCAAUGGUGAUAAUCGCAGCAACUGUAGCAACUGCAGCAACUGCAGUAACGGUAACGGCAGUAACAGCUGUAAAUGCAGUAGCAGCAGCAGAAUAGGCAGCAGCAGCAACACCCAUCCGUCCACCACCCCUACCCACCCCAACCGCAUCCACUUCUCCCCUCCUCUCCCGCCAUCCAAAUGCACCGCUCUCUACUCCAUCGGAGUCGGAAUCGAGAACAAAAUCGCGCUCCUCUUCCCCUCCUGCUUCUGGCCCUCGGUGGAAUUCCUGGGAGUGGUAGCAGACACACCCUACGCAUGCAGCUACUUCCUGAACCUGCACAAGGCCAGCCAGGGCGAGAGGGCAGUGCUGGUGUUCAUGCCGGCAGGGCGGCUGGCAGAGGAGAUGGAGGGGAUGGGGGAGAGCGAGGCUGUGGCGUUCACCAUGCUGCAGCUUAGGAAGAUUCUGCCCCACGCGCCUGAACCUAUUCAGGCACGCAUCACCACGUGGGGGUCAGAUCCCUUCUCCCUCGGAUCCUACUCCUACGAUGCAGUGGACGCCCCUCCUGACGUCUACGAUUCCCUCCGCGCCCCCCUCCCUCCCCUCUUCUUCGCCGGGGAAGCCACCUCACGCGCCCACCCUGGCACUGUUCACGGCGCGUUCUCCACCGGGCGGCAAGCUGCAAGAGAGGCGGCGGAAUUCGUCCGGUUGUUGGGUUUCGGGGAAGGGCCGAGGAUGGUAAGGAAGGAUGAGAGCAAGAAACACGUGGCGCUGCUGCCACAGUCAGUGGUAUCAGGAGGAGAUGUGACUGGGGAAGAGAGCAUUUUGUCUCAUGUGGAAGCUUUUGGGAAUGGUUCCGAGACUCACAACAACUCACUUGAGCAAGGGCAAGUGGGGGACAGCAGCACUAUGGAUUCCGGUCCAUCGUCGUUGACUCAGCAUGUGGUUUCCGGGGAAAUCGAGGCAGGUCAGUCCAAUCAGAACGAGGAUGGUGCAUCGAGUUUUGGAGCGCUAUCAACAAGAAGACCUUGGAACACGAUGGAUGUUUCGCUGCCUGUGCAUGUGAUAGAAAGUAACGCUGAGUGUUCUCACUCAAGGGCUGUUUCUCGGGCGGGAAAGGCACUCUCAAUUAGAAUAUCAAGGCUGUAG